AUGAAUAGCGACGCAAUGGACGAAAUCGUAUUCCAAAUCCUUCUUCGCAGAAUGGGAAAGAAGAAAAGAUACAUCAAGCCAAUCACAAGAGAUCAAAUUCACGAUCUUCUCAUUAAAACCAGAGAAACAUUAUCAAAAGAACCAUUUCUUUUAGAUUUAAAAGCAGAUAUUGUAAUUGUUGGAGAUCUUCAUGGCAAUGUUGACGAUCUAAUACGCAUUUUCGAAAAGUUACGCUAUCCUCCAGCAAGAAGAUAUUUAUUCUUGGGAGAUUAUGUAGAUAGAGGAGAAUGCGGAUUCGAAGUCAUGCUUUUACUCUUCGCGCUCAAAGUUAAGUUCCCUGAACACAUCUUUUUAUUAAGAGGAAACCACGAAUGCGAAUCUCUCACAGGUGUUUAUGGAUUUCAUCAUGAAAUGCUCGAAAAAUACGAUCAAGUCAUAUAUGAAGAUUUCAUUGAGACAUUCUAUGAAAUGCCCUUAUGUGCUUUAGUUGGUCAACGAAUCUUUUGUGUUCAUGGAGGCAUUUCUCCCGAAGUUAUCAGCAUUGAUGAGCUUAGAAAACUCGAGAAACCUUACGAAUUUCCAACAUCAGGCGUUAUUACUGAUCUUGUUUGGUCUGAUCCUGAUGUCGAAGUUGAAGGAUUUGUACCAAGUACACGAGGAUGCGGUUAUCUAUAUGGACCAGAGGCAUUAGAUGCUUUUCUCGCUGAAAACGACAUUGAUCUCGUUGUCCGUUCCCAUGAAGUUUGCGAUGAAGGCAUUUAUUGGCCUUAUGCUGCAGAAGAAGAUUAUGCUGAUAUGUGCGUAACAAUCUUCAGCAACACAGACUACUGCGAAAGAGCAAACACUGGUGCAGUUCUUUGCGUUUCAGAAGACUUGACUGUUACAGUGGAAAUGCUCGAAAUGGUCUUCCCAGAAAGCAAAAAGAAGAAUAUUCUUUUGCCUUAUUGGCUUACUGAUUUCAUCACAAACAAAGAAAGUGAAAGGCAGAAAAUCCGAAACGCUAAGAAGAUGGCUGAAAAUGCAGAUCCAAAUCAUGAUGACUUAGAAACUAAAGUUAUUACAACACCUCCACCCCAAGUUUCCGGAUCUGCCCAAAAUGAAAAUUAA